CUGAGAGUUGUUGAAUGUGGGGUCUUAUUUACCAAAAAGAGACCAGUAAGCUCUACUCCCAUAUUUACUUUCAUUAAUAAAAUACAGUAUAUGUGUCCAAACAGAGAGAAAAUAACAAGAACGGUGCAGAGAGGGUCGGUGCACGGACCGUCCAUGUGUGUGAUACCAUUAAUGGUCAUGCUGACAAACAAGAAAAACACAGAAAGGGGCUAAAAAACAAGCACCACAGCCUUGGUGAGGCAGCCUUUCAAGGCUACAACAACAGCGUUACCCCCUUCCCUCCUACAUGAACACUCACAAACCUAAAAACCUUUUGGAGGACAGGUUCAUUUCAGCUCUUACAUCAGUACUCUUUGUUCAGACCAACAAAAUGAAUGAUGAAAAAGACUAAUCAUCUCCUAAAAGGCCUCUAAACAGGAAGGUUGUCUCUGCAGCUGGCAGCAAAGGAAGGAGCAAAGUAAAGCAUCAAUCACUGAAGUGGACAAGGCCGGAUCGAACCAAUUCAAAAGAUCAGCACUUAAAACUGCUGCAGUCCAACCCCACCCGCUGUCUGACAGAAACACAGAAAACACAUUUCUCUUGUGAAUUAACGGGAGACGCAGACACCGUCACGUGACUGGAGACCAUGACUGAGCUGUAGCAGGAGACAGGACACACAGAAACUUUUCUUUUACCUGAAAUUUGAGAUUCACUGAUGCAUUACUCGAGGGGAGAAAGUCACACAGUAUCAGCUGAGAACUUCACCACCACCAGUUCAUGUCCUCAUGAACGUCUGCUGUUCAUUGCUUGUUAUUGCACUGGAGUACACUAGAUGCAGUGUUAAAUUUGGAUUAUUUUUGAGUCUUUUGACUAACCCACUCAUUAGUUUCAGUCAGUGAUAGUUUAGCAGCUGCUUUGAUUUUGUUAUUUUGUUAUUCUGUAAUGUGAGCCUGAGGCUUUUUGUUUGACAAAAGAAAGAUCUUUUCCUGACAAUACAUCCAUUUAUUGACAAAAGUAAAAUCAGCUCUACAUGACUUGAUAUACAGUAGCAAAACCACUUCCCCAGUGUUAAUGUCAUAGUAUUUUUACUUUUUAUAUGUUUUUUUUCUUACUUUCUGGUUUUCGUUGACAAACACUGAGAAGAAAGUCACAGACAUUUCAAGUUACAUGAUUGAGGCUGAAUCUUGAGCAUGGACCCAGUGAAGUGAGGAUGAGACAAUAAAAUCAACUGGUUCCCAGACAUCCUGUGAACUUCAGAGGACAAGAGGACAUUGGUGUCCAGUCACUUUUAAUUUUUAAUCAGCUGUUUAAUCAGAAUGAUGAACACGACCUCAGUGGCCCACUCUGACUGCCCCGAAGUCAAAAUCCCUGCCAGUCUCUUCACCACCAUCGGAUUAAUCAGCCUGGCUGAGAACUUCCUGGUGGUCUUGGCUGUCAUACGGAACCGAAACCUUCACUCUCCCAUGUACUGCUUCAUCUGCAGUCUGGCAGCCUUCAACACCAUUGCCAGCGUCACCAAAACCUGCGAGACUAUCAUGAUUGCAAUUGCCGACGGGGGCACGCUGGAGAAGAAGGGUUCCUCUGAGACCAAGCUGGACGACAUCAUAGACUCCCUGCUGUGCAUGUCCUUUGUUGGCUCCAUCUCCAGUUUCCUGGCCAUUGCUGUGGACCGUUACAUCACCAUCUUCCACGCACUGCGGUAUCACAACAUCAUGACAAUGAGGCGCACCAGGGCCAUCUUGGCUGUCAUCUGGACAACAUGCGGGGUGUCAGCUGUGCUCAUGGUGAGGUUCUUUGAUUCCAAGUUCAUCAUGAUCUGCUUUGUCAUCUUCUUCGUCCUCUCCUUGGCGAUCAUCUGCUUUCUCUACGCCUUCAUGUUCAUGCUGGCUCGCAUCCACGCUCGCAAGAUCGCAGCUUUGCCCACAACUGCCGGGUGGAAGUGUCGUUGGCGGGGGCGCAGCAUGAGAGGGGCUCUGACUCUCACCAUCCUGGUUGGGACGUUCAUGGUGUGUUGGGCUCCGUUUUUCCUCCACCUCAUCAUCAUCAUGGUGUGCCCCACAAACCCAUACUGUGAGUGUUACCGAUCGCUGUUCCAGCUGCACAUGGUGCUGAUGAUGUGCCACGCCCUGAUCGACCCAGCCAUCUACGCCUUCCGCAGUGCAGAGCUCAGACAAACUUUCAGGAGGAUGCUGCUCUGUUCAAACUGGAUGCAGUGCUCAUAGACUGGAGCCCAAACCACAUUUGUAAGCAUAUCUGAUCAGAAUCUUAUAUAUUUCAAGUGAUCAGAUCUGAUCUGCAUGUGUCCAUAUUGACAGUGUCUAGUCUAAUCUAUUUGUAAAUUUACAGGCCACGCCCCAGUAAAACAAGUUAGUCUUACCUUCA